AUGUGCAGAAAUAUACUGGAUUUGCUGGGAGGUAUUGUCAAAAAGACAGACAGCCCCUCUACACUAGCAUGGCCACAUCAUCUUUGGAGACUCGUUAAGUUCUUUGGUGAAUUUGGCCAUACAUUUAUGGAGUUUGUGACCAACAGCGGAGACUUCUGCCAGGCGCAACACGUAUUUCUUAUAAUGGACCGGCCAACUGAUGGAACACUGGAUAAAUUCAUUGAGGAACUGAAAACUCGUGGUGCCAAAGAUGUUGUUAGGGUGUGUGAACCAACUUAUCCAACAGAGAAAUUACAUGCAGAAGGAAUCAGGGUUUAUGACUGGAAAUUUGAUGAUGGAAGCCAUCCUCCAAUGGAUGUUAUUGAUGAUUGGUUAAAUCUGCUAAAGGCUCGUUUCAGAGAUGAUCCUGGCUGCUGUGUUGCUGUACAUUGUGUUGCUGGACUUGGGAGGGCUCCUGUACUUGUGGCUCUGGCAUUGACUGAAUGUGGCAUGAAAUAUGAAGAUGCUGUAGAGCUGAUCAGAAAUAAGCGCAGAGGUGCUAUCAAUGCAAAACAGCUGCAAUGUCUCCUGGCUGCUCAGUCUACAUUCAGCCUGCUACACAGGGAUGGUCAUCUACAGGCUACCCUGCCCACCCCUUUCUCCACCCCUACCACCACUCCACAUGAAAUGAGUUGUAGUGCCUCACGAGAGAAAUCUUUUUGA